AUGCCAACUAGCACCCAAGCUGUUGCUCCGUAUGCUCCUCGUUUUUGUCAAGUUCUAGCUCAAGAAACGAAUGGCGUAUCACACACACCAACUCAAUCGACAGUGCGAGAAGUUCAAUGGAAUAUGGCCGAUGUGCCUUCAGCUAGUAGUUUGGGAAGCGUCCCAACAACGUCGUGGAAACCAUUGAUCGUUGUUUUGACUGCAGUAAUUCUUGUUGCUGCUGUUGCUGCUGUUGCUGCUCCGUUUCUGAUUGCAUAUUUCAGGACGGAAACUACUACAACAUCAACAACAAGCACAACAACUACUGCUACAACAACAACGACGACAACAACAACGACGACUGCGACCACAAGCACUACGACAACGACAACUACAACAACUCAAUUACCAUGGUAA